CACUUCCGCUGGAGUCGGACUGUCACUCACGGCCUACUCCCGCCCCGCGCAGUGACGUAGCACUUCCUGCUCAGCUGGUUCAGCAGUUUCGGACUCAGCCUGCAGAGCUGCGGAGCCGCCAAACCGCCAGGUCGCCGCCGAACCGCCAGGUCACCGCGGAAUCGCGGGUCUCGGCGAGAUUUUGUGCUGCCAGUUCCCUGCCACUUCUUUCGAUCAGUAGCCCACAGGUUUUUCAAGAGCCGGAAAAAAAGCCGCUUAAGAAUCAGAAAGAAGACGCUAGAUUCUGGACCGCAUUGCACCGAGUGACUUUUCUUCGCUGGUUCCUGUCCGGAGAAGCUGGGUUAUGAUCGUCACUGGAUUGUAAGUACCCGGUGUGAAGAGAGUUCAUUGCACCUUGCUCUUUUGAAUAACUUUGUUCCGGGAGAGUUUGUGGACUGGGAGUAUCCGCUGGACUUUCAUUUUCUGUGCGGAAAAUCAUUCUGCAGGAGCCGCCAUUUGCUUCCCUGCUUGCCGGCUUCCCUGCAUUUUACCGGCAGCGGCAUCUAGAGAUUGGAACCCGACGUUGCAGCUAAUAGAUUUAAGUGGAUCAAGUUGAAUAAUCCUAUGUGCUUGUAACCAGUUGUAUUCAGCCAGUAUAUUUAAAACGAUUCGGGGCAUAAGAUAAAAGAAACGCUGUUGUCCUUAGAACUGUAAAUUAGAGAUUUCAGCUCAACAAAUUGUUCUUUCUAGCUAUUGAAAUACCUGGAAUUUUUUUAGUACAACCUGUAAACGGCAGAAAAAGUGAGUCUCAAAAAUUUAAAGAUGAGUAAGAGCAAAGACGAUGCUCCCCACGAACUAGAAAGCCAGUUUAUCUUACGCUUACCUCCGGAAUAUGCCUCUACUGUGCGGCGGGCAGUCCAGUCUGGCCAUGUCAAUCUGAAGGACAGACUGACAAUUGAGUUACACCCUGAUGGGCGUCAUGGGAUCGUCAGAGUGGACCGGGUCCCACUGGCCUCAAAAUUGGUAGAUCUGCCAUGUGUUAUGGAAAGUUUAAAAACCAUUGAUAAGAAAACCUUUUACAAGACAGCUGAUAUCUGUCAGAUGCUUGUCGCCACAGUUGAUGGAGAUCUCUAUCCUCCUGUGGAGGAGCCAGUUGCUCCCACAGAUCCCAAAGCAAGCAAGAAAAAGGAUAAGGACAAAGAGAAAAAAUUUAUAUGGAAUCAUGGGAUUACCCUACCUCUGAAAAAUGUCAGAAAGAGAAGAUUCCGAAAGACAGCAAAAAAGAAAUACAUUGAAUCUCCAGAUGUGGAGAAAGAAGUGAAGCGCUUGCUGAGUACAGAUGCUGAAGCUGUCAGUACUCGUUGGGAAAUAAUUGCUGAAGAUGAAACAAAAGAAACAGAAAAUCAAGGUCUUGAUAUCUCUUCUCCUGGAAUAUCUGGUCACAGGCAGGGCCAUGACUCACUAGAGCAUGAUGAGCUUCGAGAGAUAUUCAAUGACCUCAGCAGCAGCAGUGAAGAUGAAGAUGAGACACAGCACCAAGAUGAAGAAGAUAUAAACAUCAUUGACACUGAAGAAGAUCUAGAAAGACAGCUACAGGACAAGCUAAAUGAAUCAGAUGAACAGCACCAAGAAAAUGAAGGAACCAAUCAGCUGGUUAUGGGAAUUCAGAAACAGAUUGACAACAUGAAAGGCAAGCUCCAAGAGACCCAAGACAGAGCAAAACGACAGGAAGAUCUCAUCAUGAAAGUGGAAAACCUAGCUCUCAAGAACAGAUUUCAGGCUGUGCUGGAUGAACUCAAACAGAAGGAAGACCGAGAAAAGGAGCAGCUCAGCUCUUUGCAAGAAGAGCUAGAAUCACUUCUAGAAAAAUGAGAAAGCUUUUGAGGUUUACUUUCAUUUCUUAGACUGGUUAGUAUUAAAAGAAAAAUCUUGACUUCAUUAGCUGAACCAGACAUGAUUUUGCAGUAGUUUGCAUUUUCUUCGCUGCCUUCUGUUGAAUUUGUCUUGGAGACAAAUAUAAAUGUGAAUUUCUCCUUUGUUUUUCAGAACCACUUUGUCACAUGUUUAUGCUAUAGGAAGCAAGAAUAUAGGUAGAUAAAUGGGAAUGCUGUAGGAUUAAUAGAGUGAACAAUUUAUUCUUAGUCACAGUUUCACUGUAGGACUUGGGUGGUAUUUCUUCUCAAGUCAGAAGUUAGCAUUGCUACUCUGAUGCCAUUUGAGAUUAAUAUGUCUUGUUUGGAGGCAGUAAAGUUAAUUUGCCUAUGUUUUUCCUUGGAGAAUUUUUUCAGCUAGUCAGCAAUUUUGUACAUGUAGAGUUAGAAAUCACUUCAUAAAGUUGGAUUUUUAUACAAUAAAAGCAACUAAUUUUCACAUCA